UUGCAGGAUAACUUUUGCGUUAUUCAUGAAUUAAUACCACACACCAGCAAUGGUUCAUUUAAACGAUACUGGGGCUAUGUGGUUAUAUCGGAUCGUUUCGCACGCACUUUGCAUCAUUCGGCAGCGCAUUUCCAGUCAGACGGAGACGUUUGCAAUGAGGCAGCUGCACUAUUCGAACGAACCGCAGCCAGGUCGUUGGUGAUCGCUGGUGCGAGCCGUUUCGCUGUUAUCGGGAACGAAACGAACAAAUGUCAGAAGAAAACGUCAUUAGCUGAUGCGGCACACAACAACGAAACAAUGUUUCAAACUUUCAAUGAAGCCAUUUACGAGGUAGUCACAAAUAAUAAAUCGAAAAGUAACAGUACAUUCAUCCAAUGGCAUGGAAUGGCCGAAACCAGCUGUUCCAAAGUAAAGGUUUUUGUGAGCGUUGGAGCGAAUAACGCAUCAAAUGUUUAUCGUGAUGGAAAUCUCACGGCAAAUCGAGUAUAA